AUGGCCCCAAAAGCUCUUGGAACGGCGGUUGUUGGCAAGGUCAAGAAUGCGCUAGAUUAUGAUUCUCACACAUACUCUGUAACUCCUAAUGGGGAGGAUGAAAGCUUUCUUUCCUUGGGUGGAAUGGGUCUAUCCGGGGACGACAACUACGACACAGAAAAGCUUUCCAAACAGCAAGAGUACCUAGGAAGCUCAUCACGACGCUGGUGGAAUUGCUCUACCGUCAUUGCCAUAGUAUCAAGUAUUCUAGCAGCCACUCUUCUUUUUGCUCUUGCUGCACUGCUCGACCGAAAACCAACUAUCAACUAUAUCCCAGCAAUCACGCCUGAUCUGAAACCAGGAGGAUGGCCCUUAGUAGAAGCCGGCGACACCAUCAUCGUAGACUGUGGAAAUAGUCCAGCAGAGGCCCUAGAAAAAGGCUGCGUAUGGGAUCUCAUGUCUUUUUCAUGGACACAUCCCGCAUGCUACAACAAGAACAUCUCGGAUGAAUUUCUAGAGUUAUAUGGGCCGUGGAAAUGGUAUUCAAAUACCAAUAAAAAACCAGGAUACGAGCUCACUGAAAAUGAGUUGCCAUGGGUUACCUCUGUGACCGCGGAGACCGAUAUUCCAAUGGUGUGGACACAGGAGCACUACCACAUUGCUCAUUGCGCUUACAUUUUCAAGCUUUUGCACAUUGCUGCAAUGAGUGGACACCUUGUUACAAAUGAAGGGAUAGGAAUGUUCCAUACGGACCAUUGUGUUAGUGUAUUCUUGGACCCUGAGAGAGUAGAGUUUGAGAAGGUCACCACAAGAGUUCAAUUGCUUUUUGGAAAGUGUGUUAGAAUUAGAGAUAUUAAUUAA